GUCCUUCGGGAGGUAAUGGCGGCUCGUUUCCUGUGUUAGAGUAUUGUCAUAUUUUCUAUGUUCUAGGGUGUGUUUUUCUGCUUUUUUAAGGCGUUCGCGAUGGGAAAAGCGGAUUUUCUGUCCCCCAAGGCGAUCAGCAACCGAAUAAAAGCCAAAGGUCUCCAGAAGUUGCGGUGGUACUGUCAGAUGUGUCAGAAACAGUGUCGAGACGAGAAUGGCUUUAAGUGUCACUGCAUGUCCGAGUCCCACCAGAGGCAGCUGCUGCUGGCCUCAGAGAACCCCAUCAAGUUCAUGGACUACUUCUCAGAUGAGUUCAAAAGUGACUUCUUGGAGCUGCUCAGAAGACGCUUUGGAACCAAGAGGGUCCACAACAACAUUGUCUACAAUGAAUAUAUCAGUCACAGAGAACAUGUCCACAUGAACUCCACUCAGUGGGAGACCCUCACCGACUUCACCAAGUGGCUUGGUAGAGAAGGUUUGUGUAAAGUAGACGAGACCCCUAAAGGUUGGUACAUCCAGUACAUCGACCGCGACCCCGAGACCAUCCGGCGCCAGGAGGAGGAGGCAAGGAAGAAGAAGCAGGAAAUGGAUGAUGUGGAGAGGAGCGCCAGGUUCAUUGCAGAGCAGGUCCGAAGAGGCCAGGACGGAAAGGAAACAGAGACUGAACCGGUUUACACAGAGCUCCAACGUGAGAGUGAAGAAGAAAAAGUUACUUUCAACCUGAGUGCUGCAGUGGCGAGUUCCUCCAAGUCCAGCUCGGUUCUGGGUGCCAGCGCUCUGAAAGCAUCAGCAGCAUCAUCCUCAGUCAAACGGAAAGAAACGCCCUCCAGUUCUGACUCUAGAAGGGAGAAGAAGAAGAAAUCAGCUCUGGAGGAGAUCAUUGAGAUGGAGGAGAAGAAGAAGAAGAAGCAGCUGUCCUCAACAGUCAGAACGGAUUACUGGCUGCAGCCAAGCAUCGUCGUUAAAGUCAUCACCAAGAAGCUGGGCGAGAAGUACCACAAGAAGAAGGCCGUCGUCAUGGAGGUGAGGGACAAAUAUGCAGCUGUGGUGAAAAUCAUCGACUCUGGAGACAAACUGAAACUGGACCAGAACCACCUGGAAACAGUCAUCCCCGCUCCAGGUAAACGAGUGCUGAUCCUGAACGGCCCGUACCGAGACACAGAGGCGCUGCUGGAGGGGAUCGAUGAGAAGAACUUCAGCGCCACGCUCACACUGGACUCCGGUCCACAGAAAGGGGACAGAGUGGACAUCGCCUAUGAAGACUUUUCCAAACUGGCCUGAGACAUAAAGCAUUUUUCCUCAGUCUUCUGCUGCGGGACUCUACUGUGUCAGAGUUUAUUCCCAGAUCUGGACAGAAACAAUCAGGGAGCCUUGGAAUAUUUGGUGGGAUUGUUUUUAAUUUGUUGACAUUUUUCAUGGUUGAAAAUGUACAUUUUGUUCACAUAAAUUUGGUUCUGUGGAAGAACGAUUAAAACAUGUAGAUACA